CUCAGAUGAGGAGAUGAAUCUACAUCACUUCACUUUACCUCAGCUGAAACUAGCGGACGGACUGUCACGGGGAAAAAAGGAGAGUUUUUCCUCUGAAUACAGUUGGAUUAAUUGGAAUUAAUAGCAAAUUUGGACAAACAGUUCGAGUGUUAAGUAACACUGUACUAUUUAACAAUGGCUUUUAUGGUGAAACACGUAGUCGGAGGUCAUCUGAAGAAUCUGACAGGAGGUCUGACAGAAGAGAAACCUGAAGGGGAAAAAUCUGAAGCUGCGGCUAAAGGAAUGACACAAGAAGAGUUUGAACAGUACCAACAACAGCUAGAGGAGGAAAAGGAAGAGCGGGAUGCCAGUUUUGCCCAGAAGAAGGCGGAGCGGGCGACAGUCAGGUCUCACUUCAGAGACAAAUACAGGUUGCCAAAGAAUGAGGUGGACGAUACUCAGAUCCAGGCGGCGCGAGACGAUGUGGAGCUGCCCACCGAACUGGCCAAAAUGAUCGCACAGGACAACCAGGAGGAGGAGCAGAAGCAAUCGGUGCUGGGUCAACUGACCAACAUCCAGAACGUGGAUAUGGGUCAUCUGAAAGACAAAGCCCAGGCCACGCUGGAGGACCUGAAGAACUCUGCUGAGAAGUGCUGCGUCAUGUGAUCUGGCCACGCCCACUUCACUCUCUGAUUAUCUCUGUAUAUCUCCCCCACACACAUACACACACACAUAUACACAUAUGCAUACAAACAUGCACAUACAUAAUUACACACACAUACAUACACAAACA